UAUUCAAAGUAAAGAAUCGACUAACAACUUGUAAUUACUUGUUUUUCAAAGAGUAGUCUACUUGCAUUUACUCGUUCGUAUCGUUUCUUUCCUAAACAAAACACGACUGCGCAAAAUAAUAUAAAAGUAAAAAAUUGACCUUGUUUGUUUGAUAUUGACGCAUUUUCCAGAAACAAAAUCAACAAAAAUAUUAUCAUACUUUAUAAAAGGCAAAUCAAAUAAUGGAAACUUAAAAAAUUUUGUGUACUAAGACUUUCUGAGAUCGGUAAAAACAAAUCUUCUUGUCGAUAAAUCUGUAAGUGUCACAAUAUUUAAAACGUAUUAUUUUGGCUGUAUUUUACACAUAACAAAAACGUUUCAUCUUUUUUAGCUCUUGGACGUUGCUCUUGGCUAAAUGGACGGAACCGUUGACCACAGUGAUUCUGACUCUGGAGAAAGCUGGACUUUACUUGAAAGUACCCUGCAAUAUGCAGAUGAAGUCCCUGAAUUUCCGGAAACUGCGUUAUUGGCAAACAAGGGGGAACUCCAAGGAAUAAAUAAUGAAAAGGAUGAAGAUACUGAUGGAAUAUCUAUUAUAAGUGACAGCGAACCAGAGUCACCUUUACCGUGUGAGAUAAACUAUGAUUGUCGACAACAGGAUCUAGAACCUCAAUGCGUAUCCAUAAAGCCAUCUCUAGUUGAAAACAGUAUUUUACAAGAUUCGAUGAAUGAUACUGAUUUUCUUAGUGAUAGUAAUGGUAAACAUAAAACAUAUGUUCAUAGAAGGAAUAAACGAUUAAGUACAGUACUUAAUAUAAUUGUAUUAGGAAGUGUUAUCACAGCGGCAGGGGUGGCUAUUGGCCAUAUGUGGGGAGCUAAAAAUGACUGUACAGUAAACACUGUACCAUCAAUCAAUAAAAUUCUUUCUAACCUUUAUAAAUUACAAGAAGAAAAUGCCUACUUAAGAAGUAAAUUAAAAGAACUGGCACAAACAAACAAUAUAAAUAUUUAUCAAAGAAAGCCUGGCACAGAAUCUAUUUCACAUAAACAAAAUAAAUGUAAAAAGGUCUUUGAAGAUUCAAUAACUAAUAAAAAUGUAGGCAAACCAAUCAAAUGUGUUGAUGGGGAUGAAAAUACCAACAUUCACAACAUUCAUCUCAUAGAGCCUGAAUAUGAAAAGCAAUUUAUACAAAAUAUAGACAAGCUUAAAGAUAUUUACAAGCAAAAUAGAAGUUGGUUAGAUCUCGAAAUUGAUAAGAGAUUAAUUAUUGAAAAACAAUUCAUAAAAAAAUCGAAAAAUGAUAUAAAAUUAAAAUCUACCCAACCUAAAAAAAAUAAUAUUCAAGGACAAAUGCCUUCAAAAGGUAAUUAUUUAGAACCAAUUAGUGAAACACUAUCUUCAGAAAUUAAUUCACAUAUUCCAGACAGUAGUAUUACGGCAAAUCUGAAAGACCAAUCCAUAAAGGAUUAUACCACGGAAAGAAAGAUAACCUAUGCAGAUUCACUUAAAUCAAAUGAAAAAAGAAAAUAUAUUCCAUUAAAUUUGGAUGUUAGCACAAAAACGCCUAUAAGUAAAGCUGUGGAAUAUAUAAAGAAAAAUGGCAACAAUUUGGAUAACAUUUCAACUUACUCUAUUAGUGAAGAAGAAUUUAAAAAGGACGAUAGAUAUGUUGGAGAACGGCAUAAGCAAGCAAGAAAGAAACGUGAUAGGCAGAAGUCGAACAAAAAACAGAAGAGAAAAAAUAAAUAUGAGCAAUGGGAAAUGAAAGGUGGAUACUUGAGAGAUUAUGAUGAUUUUUCAAUUUCAUCUGUCCGAGAAAAUGAGAAUGUGUUAAGUAAUACAGAUAAAAACCAUUAUGCUAAAGAAUUCGAAAGAGAAAACUAUAUUGAGCAGUUUUUGGACAUUAAAAAAUCUCAAUCUCCUGACAGUGAUGAAAUUGAUAUACAAAGUGAAGUGGAAAAAGAGGACAAAAAUAAAAGGCAUAAUUUCAAAGAAAAAGAUGCCUCUUGGUUUGAAAAAAGAGCGCUUUUUCGAAAGGAGGCCCGAAAAAAACUAGAAAAUGAAUUAUUUGGAGAAACAAGUCCAAAUAAUGCUGGUUGGUAUUUCCGCCGCAUGCAACGCAGGGAGCAAUGCCGCGCAAAGAGAGACAAUAGCACAUACAAAAAAUUAUCUAAACGUAACAUGAAUUACAAAAUGAAACAUUAAUGUUUCGAAAUCACGAAGGCUUGUAUUCAGAAUUCGAAAAGACAACAGGACAUCAAAUUAAAUCGUGCCGGAAUUAUACAUCUUGGUUUAAUACAUAAAUCAUCCUAAUUACAUUAUCAAUCAGUUAACAUAA